GAAAAUAACAAAAUAUCUUUACUAUCCUUGCAUUAUCGCAAGUUUCUCCGUGGCAAUAGCAUUUUCCAUUUUUUUUUUCGAUUAAGUUUCAGACUCGGGAGCGAAAAACCGCCAUUUUCACCGAGUUGUAGAGGUGAAAUUGAAUUCUCGAACAAGGAAGCAAUCGGUUCUCAUGGCACUACAGGUCUCGUUUUGGCCUCCAUCUCUGCGUUCUCCGACGAUGCCUUCGUGGUCUUUGGGUCGGCCUGCUUUGGUACCCGAUCAUCUGCGUUGUGUCGGAGAUCGGUCAUCUGGGAUGACGAGGGGCUUGGCCAAGAAUUACGAUAAGAGGAAAGGGAUUAGGAUUUCUGUGAGGUCGAGCUUGGACAUAGCGGGUCCGGUCGUUGGGCAGGUGACUGAGGUCGACAAGGAUUCGUUCUGGCCUCUUGUUAAAGCCGCCGGAGAUAAGGUGGUUGUUCUCGAUAUGUAUACUCAAUGGUGUGGUCCUUGUAAGGUGAUAGCUCCAAAAUUUCAAGAGCUCUCAGAGAAGCAUCUUGAUGUUGUCUUUAUGAAGCUUGAUUGCAACCAAGAAAACAGGCCAUUAGCAAAGGAAUUGGGGAUAAGAGUGGUGCCUACAUUCAAAAUCCUGAAGGACGGCAAAGUUAUAAAAGAAGUAACUGGGGCUAAAUUUGAUGAUCUAGUUGCUGCAAUUGAAAGUGCUAAAUCUAGUUGAUGUUACUAUGGAUUUUUUUCUUUUUUUUAUCUGUUUUCUUUUCUAUCAAUUGUUUAUAAGGCAAGGAAUGUAUCCACAUCUUAGUUGACAGUUUUAAUAAUAAUAUUUUUCACAUACCAUGCAACUAGUUGAUGUUACUAUGGAUAAAUGGUUUCUAUGGAAGUGUUUUUUAGUCAUUUUCAUCA